AUGAACAAUAUUUACGGGCCAAAUCAGUGGGAUGUUAAGGUUGUACCAAGGUUCAUCGAAAUUGCCAAGGUUCGAGGCGAGUAUACGGUUCAAGGAUCUGGAAAACAAUUAAGAUCAUGGCUGUAUGUUGACGACGCAAGCAAAGGCAUCCAAAGGGUUUGCGAAAGAGGAAAACUAGGAGAGAUCUACAAUCUAGGCACGUAUUUCGAGAAGAAUGUGAACGAUCUUGCUCACGUAAUUCAAGCUGAGGUAGAUCGACAACUCGGUCGCGAACUGCUUCCACCACGAUUUAUAUCAAUCCCUGACAGGCCAUACAAUGACAUGCGGUACCUUAUCGACAUCUCAAAAGCGGAAAAGGAUCUCGACUGGACACCACAGAUCAGCUUCGAAGAAGGCAUGAGAAGAACGGUGGCAUCGGCUUUGCAACAAAAGGAGAGUGUGAAGAUGCACGUAGCUCUCUACGGUGGGAACGGUUACGUUGGACAAGCUUUUCAGAAGACACUGGAGCAAAGGAGAAUACCGUACGUUCUCGCAAAGUCAAAAGUCGGCGUCAAUACUGACGACGAAGUUGAAAGUGAACUCGCCACUCUGAAUGUGACCCAUGUGGUCUGCCUUACUGGAAGGACCCACGGAAAUGGUAUAAACACCAUAGAAUACCUUGAAGGUGGUCCAGACCGAGUUUCCGAGAACGUUCGGGAUAACAUGUACAGUGCUACGACUCUGGCUCACUUUUGUCGCAAACUCGGCCUUCAUUUCACUUAUGUGGGAACGGGAUACAUCUUCGCCUACGAUAGCACUCAUCCAAUCGGUGGUCAAGGCUUCACAGAAGAAGAGAUCCCAACAUUUUUUGGUUCUUCGUAUUCGGUUGUAAAAGGAUUCACUGAUCGUCAAAUGUCACAUUUCAAUGAGAAAGGCUGGGAAAACAUUAACGCACGAAUCACUCUGCCGCUGACGUACGAACUCGAUCAACCGAGAAAUCUACUCUCCAAAAUAAUAACGUACAAAGAGAUCUUUGAUUUACCUGUGUCCAUUUCAAUACUGCCGGACUGCUUCAAUGCUAUGCUUUCACUUAUGGAGAAGAGAUUCGGAGGUCACUUGAAUCUCGUCAAUCCGGAACCAAUCAGCCUUUAUGAGAUUGUGCGACUAUACAAAGAGAUUGUCGAUCCAAACGUUGAUCCUAAGCCGAUUGGAACAUCAACGGAACGCGGACAAACUCUGCUUGCCACAAAAGGAAACUGCGCUCUUGACACGAAGUUGCUGGAAUCGCUGGAGCGCAUUCCAUCUUCAAGAGAAUCUCUCAUAACAAAUUUCAAACUCAUGAAACAAUCUUAG